AUGAGCCAGCCCUUUACCGAAUCCGCCCCCCGUUUUAAAAUUCUUCCCGCUUACCAAUUUCAUUACGUGGUCGAAAGCCACGGCGAGGGCUUAGGCUUCCCGGAAUUGUUAAGCCAAUUAAAUGAAGAAAAUAUCGAACUAGUUUUAAUUCCGCCCUUAGUAAAAGAUUUAAUCUUACAGUUAUGGCAAAUUAACGAAAGCACUUUAGCUGAAUUAGUUGAAAGCGAAUAUUUAGUGCCUAAAUAUGCUAUCCGCCAGAACAAUAGCCAUGAUUGCGGAGUAGCGGUAAUUGAAAUUGCUGUCGCCAAGCGUGAAAGAAACGAGUGGAGGAGAUCCGGAGAAGCCUUGGAAUUAUUAACCUCCUUACCGGACAAUUCAACGAACUUAGUCUUUUUAGACCCCCAAUACGAGCCAGUAAAUAAUGUUUUAAAGUUAGAUUACCCGCUCUAUUCCCAGUCCGACUAUCAAAUAUUAAGUAUCUUAGAACAAGUAGCAAGAAUUUUAAAGCCUUCCGGUUCUUGGUUAAGAAGUCAAGCGGAGUUUGCUUUUUUAAUUCAGAAGCACCCGACCAAUAGCAAAUUAUUUAAGAACCGAAGUUUAGGAAAUGUUUGGGAAGAGAAUAGUUUGCCUACUAACCAGCGGAACCAUCCCCAUCAGAAGCCGAGAGAACUAAUCAGAACUUUAAUAGAAGCCACCACCCAAAAAGGCGACCUAAUAGUUGACCCAUGUGCCGGUAGUUUUGUGGUGCUGGAAGUUUGCCAAGAAUUAGAAAGAGAAUUUAUAGGGGUAGAUUUAACUUAUAAUCAAAGAAAAAAACUACCUCCAAUUCAUCCCGGAGAAAUAUUGAGAGAAGAAUUAUUAAAACCUUAUUGCCUUACCUCUUUAAAACUAGCCCAAAGCAUUAAAGUAGACCAGCAAAAAAUUCAAGCCGUUAUUGAAGAAAAAGGAAAUAUUGAUGCCGACCUUUCUUACCGACUGGGAUUAUAUUUUGGUUUUCGUGAAGAUUAUUGGUUAGAUUUACAAAAACACUAUGAAUUAGACCAAGAGGUUGAAAAUUUAGCUAACCGUUAUCCAUCUCCUCAGUAUCCUCUAAGUGUAAAUAAAUUAGCUCCGCGGAAAUUAUUGCUCGUAGCCCAAGCUAGAAACCUACGAGAAUUAAGUAAUUAUCCCGCCAAUAGGCUAGAAAAGCUACGAGAACAACGGAAUUAUAUCUUAAAAGAAAGUUCCAAAUUAUACCGCGAAGAACAAGAAUACAAAAGGAAACAAUUGCUGUGGUACCAAGAAGAAGCGGGAUUUACCCAACCGAGUCAUCAAAAAAUUAAGAAAAGGCAAAAAAUAACUAAACUCGAAGAUGUUGAGAAAUUAACCCACGAACUUUAUCAAGCCUCGCCACGGAGAUUGAGGGAUCGGCACAUGACAGUAACCAACAAACCGAGCAAAGGCAUUGAUUUCCAAGAAAUAUUUGAGAAGAAGUAUAAAAAAAACCCUUUUUCUGAAACAAAAAAACAUUAUUUAAAAGCAUUUCAAGAAUUUUUAGGAAGACAACAUUCUGAUGGAGAAAAACUUUCAGAUGAAGAACUAAAACCUUUUUUGGACAAAAAGGGAGAUUUUAAAUGA